AUGAUUGGGAAUCCGGUAAUUCAAGUUCCACCAUCACUAAUGCCAUCAUCUUCCAUGAUUGUUUGCCCUCGAGCUUCUCUCAAUGGGCUUCCUUAUCUCCCACCGAAACCUAGAACUAGGCAUUUAGUGGUCAGAGCCGCAUCCAAUUCGCAACCAUCGUCUGAUGAAGGGAAGAGCCCGCUCACGGUUGCUUUGGAUGUGCCGAGGAAUAUAUGGAGACAGACUUUAAAACCCUUGAGUGAUUUCGGGUUUGGUAAGAGAAGUGUUUGGGAAGGUGGGGUUGGUUUGUUCAUCGUCUCUGGAGCUACACUUGCUGCUCUUACCUGGGCUUGGUUGCGAGGGUUUCAAAUGAGGUCGAAAUUCAGGAAGUAUCAGACUGUGUUUGAGCUUGCUCAAGCCUCAGGGAUUUGCACGGGGACACCGGUUAGGAUCCGUGGGGUUACCGUUGGUUCGGUUAUCCGUGUGAAUCCUUCUUUGAAGAACAUUGAAGCUGUUGCUGAGAUUGAAGAUGAUAAGAUUAUUAUCCCAAAGAAUUCACUGGUUGAGGUGAAUCAGUCCGGUCUUCUGAUGGAGACUUUGAUUGAUAUUACCCCGAGGGAUCCGAUACCGGAACCAUCGGUUGGACCUCUGCAUCCGGAAUGUGGUAAAGAAGGUUUGAUUGUUUGUGAUAGGCAGAAGAUUAAGGGAGAGCAAGGAGUGAGUUUAGAUGCACUAGUUGGUAUAUUCACUCGUAUUGGACGUGAAGUAGAGGCGAUUGGUGUCGCCAAUACGUAUUCGCUUGCUGAGAGAGCGGCUGCGGUUAUAGAAGAAGCAAAACCAUUGCUCAAAAAGAUUCAAGCCAUGGCUGAAGAUGCUCAACCUUUGCUCUCUGAGUUUCGUGAUAGCGGCUUGCUCAAGGAAGUUGAGUGCCUUACUCGAAGCCUGACCCAAGCUUCAAACGACAUGAGGAAGGUUCAUUCAUCGAUUAUGACACCUGAGAAUACAGAGCUAAUUCAGAAGUCAAUCCACACUCUGGUUUACACUUUGAAGAAUGUCGAGAGCAUAAGCUCAGAUAUUCUGGGAUUUACAGGCGAUGAAGCCACAAGAAAAAACCUUAAACUACUUAUCAAAUCCCUCAGCAGGCUAUUGUGA